CCCCACCACCCCGUUGCCCCCCAUCACCACCCUCCCGGCACCCUUCCCGCUGGGUGGCUAUGCAGAGGCAGUGACGUCACCCGGCUGUCUCUCGCUCCCUUCCUGCUGCAUCACAACAGCCCCGUUUGCAGCGUCGUAACGCGGGGGACCGGAGCUGGUUGCAGUGCGAUAAGCCCCCUCCAGCCGCUGGGACAUGGCCAGGCCCGAACAGGUUCUGCUCCUGGAGCCUCAGCACGAACUGAAAUUCAGAGGUCCGUUCUCAGACGUGGUCACCACAUACCUCAAGCUCUCCAACCCUACAGACCGGAAUGUGUGCUUCAAGGUGAAGACGACAGCGCCGCGCCGAUACUGCGUUCGGCCCAACAGCGGAAUCAUCGACGCCGGGACCUCCAUCAAUGUCUCCGUUAUGCUGCAGCCGUUUGACUACGACCCAAAUGAGAAGAGCAAACACAAGUUCAUGGUCCAGUCCGUGCUCGCCCCCCCUGACAUGACCGACAUGGAGGGAGUGUGGAAGGAGGCCAAGCCAGACGAGCUGAUGGACUCCAAGCUCAGGUGUGCUUUUGAUCUGCCGGCGGAGAACGAGAAAACGCACGACAUGGAGUCCAACAAGAUGUCGUCCAGCUCGCUGAAGUCAGACUCCUCCGCGCAGCCGAUGAAGGCGAUGGGCUCCACCCUGGAUGACGGGGAGGUGAAGAAGAUCAUGGAGGAGUGUAAGAGGCUGCAGAUGGAGGCUCAGAGGCUACGGGAAGAAAACAAACAGAUCAGGGAGGACGACGGCCUGCGGAUGAGGAAGAGCAACGUGAUGUCACCUCAGCACUCCUCACUCGGCAUGAAGAAGGAGGAGGGCUGGAGCGUCCGCACCGUGGCGCUCAUCGUGCUCUUCUUCGCGGUGGGGGUCAUCGUGGGCAAGUUGGUGCUGUAGAUGGCGGCGCCGUGCGGUCGGGGCGCAGCAUGCUUUUGGAGCACGAUCUGGGAUUUUGGAUCAGAGAUGCCAUAUCCGCCGGGUGGGGGGGGGGUACUAGUUUUCAUUCAGUCUCAUUAAUGUAAAAAAUAAAUAAAAUUCAAUGGUAAUGUUUGAGGAAAUUAAAAAGAAAAGGAUUCAUCAUUACUGGUCUUGUUCUACGUAAUCAUCACAUAAUUAUUCUGGCCCUUUUCCCCAAAGUCUCAUGAAUUCAGAUUACUGGGGGGGUGGGGGGGGUGUGAACGGAAACACCAUUUAAACCCAGGGUUCCAGACCCAUUGGAUCACACGGCGAGGUAGUGGUUCCUCUGUGAACGUCAUUUCAGUCUAUUGUUGUUUCUUUUUCUAAGCCUGCGCUCAUGUGUACGUAACCCCCCCCCCCCACCCCCCCACACACUCACUUUACAGUAUAACCAGGUGUUCCUUCCAGUUAAACCCCCUUUAAGGAAGGAAUUUACCAAAGUGAUAAUCCACACAGGGCUACCAUAGUGAGCUCUGCAGGAGUCACCCUGUCUCUGAUGGUAGAUCUUUGAUCUUCACCUGUCACUCACAGAGGGGAAUGUUUGACUGCAUGCGUUCACACACACACACACACACACACACGGAUGGUUUGAAUCUAAUUUAACGCUAUUAUAAUGGUGAUAAUAUUAUGUCAUUUGCCUGUAGGUUUGCCCAACUACAUCUUCGGUUUUCUUUCUCUAUUGUUGCAUUUUAAUGAUUUGAAGUCAUGUUUUUUCUAUUUGAGGCUUGAAUCAUUUAGAAGUAAAAGAAAUCUGUUCCAGAUUUGUAGGAUUAGAUCAUUUCUGUAAAUGUUAUCCAGAUGAAAAGCUGGCCUUGUGAACUACUUUAUAUCCUCAAGGGGACCACACGUUGACAUUGUACUGUUCCAGAGCCAAUGUGUUUUUUUGUUGGUCUAAAAUAAAUAAAAACAUCUUUCUCCAAAUUUGCAUGAGGGGUAAAGUAGCAGCAGAGAGAAUCCGAAUCGGAGCCGUGGAUCAUUCUGCUUUGCGAUAUUUGAAGGAAAAAGAGCAGUUGUUCAGAUUUGUAUCCUCAUACGAUGCAGGAGUUCAUUAUCCAUUAAUAGACUGAAAGAAACCGUUAAUCCCAUUUGAUGAUCAGAGAGAGGAGCUCGUGUUCCUGCUGUUCUCUGCUUGUGGUCAUGGUGAGAACAGACCUUCAGGUCCUCUGGGUCAUUUAGUGCUGCCACGACGUCGUUCUUGUCCAAUUAGAGUAUCACAACAUUUGUACGUGAAGGAAUAUUCCAAAGUAUCAGAACAUACAGAUUCUUAAUUCAGCGCAGUCCAGAUGUGGCUCUCCAAGCAGGAUCAAACCAACAUUACAUGAAGGCUGAUUGAUUGCGGCCUGGUUUAAGACGCACAUCACUGACCAUCACCGUGAUCUAUGUACGCAGUCGGCAAACUGUUUUGUAUGUAUAUAAAUAAAUAAAUACGUCUAUCUGAGAAGAAUAUUACUAUUCCUAGUUCAAGUAGUCUCUCUGGUGUAUAAAAACAACCCAACCUGGUUGGACUGUGUAGCAUCUUAAUAAAUUAAAUGAAUAAAGCCCCUACCAAACUG